CCCGUAUUAGCCAGUUUCAAAUCGACCUCAAACGGAGCAGGUUGUCUUCGUAAAAGAGUGAAAUACACAUAUACGCGAUCGGAAAUGCAAAACGACAAGUUUGCCCCACCGCCAUUGGCAAUGCAAAACGACAAGUACCCACCGCCAAUGAGCUUCUAUCCUCCGCCAGCACAGCCAGGAUAUCCUCAGCCAGGACAUCCUCAGCCAGGAUAUCCUCCGCCAGGACAUCCGCAGCACAUCACCCCGGCAGAGACAUACGCAGGUGGUGCACCACCACCACCGCCAAUGCCACCGAGGGAUCCACCCACCCGAGUGGAUCCACCAACAGGAUGCUGGCAGCGCAACCAAAAGAACAAACCACAAUCCAAUGCCGUGGGCUCAGCUGGUCUCAUCUUCAUCUCAGGAGGUAUGAACAUAGCGUGGGCGAUUGGCUUCCGAGGACCAAUCUAUUACCAAUCCACCAAGCACAAUUACAUUGCCUGGUUCAUAGGCGCGAUUAUUGGAGCUCUGGUUACGAUGGUGCUCACCAACAAGGUGGCCAAAAAACAUGUUCUGCAAUUUGCCUCAGUCCUGGUGGUCAUCGGUGGCUUGAUAAUUGCCUGCACCCACAAUAAUGGAGCUGGAACCACAGCGGCUUGUUACCUAGAUGGUAUUGCCAAUGGCCUGGUAUUUGCCCCAUUUAUGGCCCUGGUCGGAGAGAUCUCGGUGCCCUAUAUAAGGGGCCGGACCAGUGCCUCCUUGGAGCAAUUGUGCUUUGGUAGCGGUAUAUUUCUUCAGAUCCUUUAUGUCUCGAGUUGGGCAUAUUCUGCGUAUUCACCAUACAAUGAAUUUACCUCCGAGAAUAUGAAAGGUGUGCUGAGCACAAUCUACGGCGUUUUGGCCCUCAUUAUGGGCUCAUUUAUGACCAUCGAAUCGCCGGUCCUGAUGCUGGCCAACAACGAUGAACAGGCGGCCAUUGACGCACUGCGUCGGCUACAGAAGCCUGCGGUGCUAACCGAGGAAACCUACGAGCUGCUGGCGGAGCACAAACGUUACUUGGCCUUCAACAAGGACAUGUCGAAGGGUGAAAGCAUUUCCAAAGCCCUGCCCACCUUCCUCCGACUGGCAUAUCUACGAGUCCUGAAUGCGAUGAGCAUCUCUAGCUAUGUGGCUUACAGCUAUGCAAUUGCAAUCCUUUAUUCCAAUGGACAAGCAUAUUCGAACUCCUGGUACAUAGGAUUCGCCUUAUGCCGCUGGCUAGGUACCCUUAUCCCAUCCUUCUGCAUGGAGUCCUUGGGCCGAAAGAAGCCUGCUGUUUUUGGCCUACUCGUAAGCUGCGGCUUGGCCUUCGCCGUGGGCUCUCAGUACAAUGUGUAUGCGUAUAUGAGCCAAGUGAGCGUCUUGAUAAUGAUCUUCGAGUUCUUUGCGGGAUUGGCCUUCUCGUCCAACUCGGCAUACCUGGCAGAGGCGUAUCCCAUGGGGGUUAAGCAACACUUUAUCGGUUUCACUUUCGUUACCGAAAUAUUCGUCUUCCUCAUCAUAAAUGUCUGUGACUUUAAAUUCGUAUAUGCAUACAACUACUUCUAUGCCAUGGGAGCCAUGUACCUGGCGGGAUUCAUUCUCGGAGUCCUCACUCUGCCGGAGACAAGGAGGAUGACCCUGCGAGGCGCCCAGGAGCAGUUCAGCAGCUUCGUCAAUUUCCGCUUUUAAUGUUCAAGGGAAUUGUGGACUAAUAAAUCGACUAUUAAACUACAGGAGGUCAAAGGCCUCUGUAUUUAUUCAGAUAACGAUA